GCAGAAGAUCAUAUGCUGGUCCCAUUUAACUCAGGAUGAGAGAGAGAAAAAGGAUUUUCCGUUACAAUUAAUGAUUAUCACUUCAUAAAUUUUUAGCACUCUCAUCAUCUAAUUAUCAAAGUACGUACGGUUUUUUGUAUUUUUAUUUUUAUUUUUAUUUUUGUGUUUUAUUCACAAGGAGUGUCAAAUUGUUUGAUUUCGUGAUCGUAGUAUAAGUUCCCCGUUUGAUCUCUUGAUGUUAAUUAAAUACAUGUGUCCAAUGAUAUGAAUGAGAUCGAUAUAUACGUACAUACAUGAUUCAAAACUUUUAGUGCAAGGAUUUUCCCCAUAUACAUACACUAAUUCUUAAUUAGUAACCUAGCUAGCUAUCUCCUUCUCUCUCUUCAUUCUCGCUCUUUUCCUCAAGAUAAUAUGUAUAUAUACAUGAUUCAACAUAUCCGAAUUAUGUAAUUUCAUCAAAUAGGACUAGUUACAUAUUAUGUAGUACCAAAAUCUAUAUCAAAUUCAUAUGACAAAUUGUACUCUGUAUAUACAAUGGGUUCAACUUAAAUGUCAAGCCUAAUUGAUUGUACUUUUAUGGUUUUCUAGACAAUAAUCAAGUAGAGUUAAAUAACCUAAUUGUUUCGACAAAUAGCCGCUCCGAUCCAUCCUUAUCGUAAAACCAAAAUCCUUACCAUUGAAUUAUGAAGAAGUUAAAACAUUUGCUUGUAAUAAUUUUACCUUUUAUUCUUUAUGACAAACUGAAAAUUUGUACCCAAUACAAGUCCAACCAACCAAACACCCAAAAAUAUCAAAAGAAUAACAAGAAAGAAAAAACCCUUACAUUCCCCAAUUUACCAAGUAUAUAUAAACCUGCCCCUACCUUCUCCUUCAUAUCCCUCUUCUUAACACCAAGACAAAACCCUUCUCUUUCUCUCUCCUAAAAUUUCAAUCCUCCGUUUUCUUUCAUACAUUCAAUCCAUAAAAGAGACAUAGGCCCACAAAUAAAGGAAAUUUGCAGGAGGAGAGAGGAAAAAUGUAUGAUCAGACAACAGAAGCUGCUACUGCUGCUGCUACUGCUUGUUUUGACCCAAACAACAUCCCUGAAUCAGCAGCUGCAACUGCUAUUCCUUCUGCUAAUGGAAAUGGGUUUAUUUCCCAUGAAACAAACAACCAUAAUCACCAAACCCAGGAAUCUGAUUCCUCAAUGGAAUUCCAAAACCCUAAUCUUGGGAAUAACAAUAAUGGAUUCAGUACUACUGCUACCCAUUUACCAAUGUUACCAAACUGUAAUCCUAAUCCAAACGAUCAUGAUCCAAAUUCAUGGGGUCCCACUAAUUUGGCCCAUGAAAUUGGUAAUGGGUUUACUCAUUUUGAUGAAAAUUUACAACCAACAACUGAGCUUCUUACACUUCUACACUUGCCUAGAUGUUCUUUUACAUCCUCUACCACCAACACCACCUCAUUAUCCUUUGGGAAGCCGUCGUCCCCUCCACCGCCUUCGGGUUCGGCUUUAGGCUUCCUAGGGGAUCUUAAUCCACCUAUGAUGGUGGAUAAUCCAUCUGGGUCUGGAUCAUCUACCAUAUCCUAUGAUCCAUCAACAGCAGCCGCCGCUGCGGCGGCUGCUGCUGCCUUUUCUUAUGACCCUUUGUUCCACCUUAACUUGCCCCCUCAACCUUCACCUCUUUUGAGGGAUUUGAUGUAUCAUCAGACGCUGCCACACGGCGGCGGGUAUAAUACCGGAAGAGGGACUAGUGGGAUUGUGGGAAAUGGGAGUUCAUCUAGUUUGUUUGGUGGGUUAGAUGAUGGUGAAAGGAAUACUAUUAAUGGGAUUUACCAAGAUGGAGAUCAUCAUAUUCAUGGAAAUGGAGUUUUUGAGUUUAGUAAAGGUGAUGUUAAAGGGGGUAAAUGCCCUAAGAAUUUUGUUACUGAAAGACAAAGAAGGCAAAACUUUAAUGACAAGUAUCAGCAUCUUAGGAGCCUUGUUCCUAAUCAAACCAAGGGGGACAGAGCAUCAAUAGUUUGGGAUGCAAUAAACCACAUAAAUGAGCUGAGAAGAACAGUGGGAGAGCUUAAACUCUUGGUUGAGAAAAAAAGGAUGUCAAAGGAGAGGUUGAAGAGGCAUAAAACUGAGCAUCAGGAUACCCCAGCUGGUGGUACGACUAGCACUGGUGGUGGGGACCACAACAGUAACGGUGUCGAUGGACCGGCCGCGGUGAAACCCGACCCGGACGAGGAGUUUAGUGGGUCGGCCGCCAUCCAGCUCCGAAGCUCGUGGAUCCAGAGGAAGUGUAAGGACACGGAAGUCGAUGUUCGAAUUGUGGAUGAUGAUGUUACCAUUAAGCUUGUGCAGCGUAAGAAGAUCAAUUGCUUAUUGUUUGUGUCUAGGACACUUGAUGAGCUUCAGUUGGAUUUACGCCAUGUUGCUGGAGGUCAUGUUGGGGACUAUUACAGUUAUCUUUUCAACUCUAAGAUAUGUGAAGGGUCAUCAGUGUAUGCAAGUGCAAUUGCAAACACGCUGAUAGAAGUUGUGGAAAGACAGUAUGCUGCUGCUUCUGUUGCUGUUGCACCCACUACUAGUUUCUAGCUUAUUAAUUAGUGAUUAAGAACACCAAUUUAACUGUAGUUUACUCAUAUCUAACCAAUUCAAUAUGUUGCUGCUUUGUUAACAUGAUCAAGUAAUUACUGUAGUAUUUAGUAAUCGUGUUGAUUAGGUACUACUUUGCUUAAUUAAUGGGUUAUAUAUACAUAAGGUCCAGUUAACAGUUUCUUAGGA